GGUCUUUAUAGUUCUACACCCAGGCGUCUUCACACCUUUAGUCGGAAUUUCCCUGGACUCGGCCAUUGUUGAAAUACUAAACAUCGAGCAGACCCCGUGGGAAAAGGAUAGAACAAGCCCCAUGCAACCCACACGCAGUCAGAUGGACAAGCAAUACCCCGGGGUAGGUGCCAUGGCGUUGCAGCACGUGGACAUGGUAGCGGGGCGGAUGAGCUGUGCUAUCGCGGCGGUGAAGGCGGGCGGCAGACGCGUGAAGACGGAAAACAGCUAUCUUGGGCAGAAGCGCAUGGAUAUUGGCGAUCGUGUGUCUUUUGAGAGCUCAACCCGGACAGGAUGGCGAAGAUGUUCGUGAUAGCAAGACGCACCCCAGUCCGCGAUCCAUGAUGGACCUUCAAAUUGAUGUCAUCGGCGGUCAAAGCGCACAUCCGCCGCAAUCCAUAGAUC